GCCAGACGGGAGAAAACGUCAGUUCCCGUACCACCCGCUGCAGCGUGCGCAUCGCAGCAGCCAUUUGUCUUUUGUUCUCUCUUCACCUUCACUAUUCGUUUUUCAUUUACGGGAAGUGAUGGAUUAGACCACACAUUCUCUAGCAAAAAAAUCAUAAAAAACCUAAAAAAAAUAUAAAAAAAUACAUAAAAACCCAAAAAAAUUGCAAAACUCUAAAAAUCAUAAAAUUUUGUGUUAAUUUAAGAACAGUUUUAUAAGGGGAAUCACAGCUAAAAGGCAACCUAAGUGAAUCCGACAUUUUUCCAAACAGCAGCGCGAGUGAUUUCACCAUCGUCGAGAAGCAGCGUGACACACUUUCUGUUUUCCUACGACACAGACGCACGGAACUGGUGGCAGCCCCAAAAUGGCAUCUCUCUACGUCGGCGACUUGCAUCAGGACAUUACCGAGGCGAUGCUCUUCGAGAAGUUCUCCACGGCGGGGCCCGUGAUGUCCAUCCGCGUGUGCCGCGACAUGAUGACGCGCCGCUCCCUGGGGUACGCCUAUGUGAACUUCCAGCAGCCCGCAGACGCCGAACGUGCUCUGGAUACGAUGAACUUUGAUUUGCUGAAGAGCCGCCCGAUUCGCAUAAUGUGGUCGCAGCGCGAUCCGUCACUGAGGAAGUCCGGAGUUGGGAAUGUGUUCAUCAAGAAUCUGGAUAAGAGCAUUGAUAACAAGGCCAUGUACGACACAUUCUCGGCGUUCGGCAACAUCCUGAGCUGCAAGGUGGCGCAGGACGAGAAGGGCUCCUCAAAGGGCUACGGCUUUGUUCACUUUGAGACUGAGGAGUCGGCCAACACGUCGAUCGACAAGGUGAACGGCAUGUUGCUGAACGGCAAGAAGGUCUUCGUGGGACGAUUCAUUCCGCGCAAGGAGCGCGAGAAGGAGCUCGGCGAGAAGGCGAAACUCUACACGAACGUGUAUGUGAAGAACUUUGGUGAUGAACUCAGCGAUGAGACGCUGAAGACGAUGUUUGAGAAAUACGGUGGCAUCACGAGUCACAAGGUGAUGAUGAAGGACGACGGCAAGUCACGUGGCUUUGGCUUCGUGGCCUUCGAUAACGCCGAGGCGGCGGAAGCAGCAGUGUCGGCGCUGAACGGGAAGGAGCUCACGGAUGGGAAGACGUUGUACGUGGGCAGAGCACAGAAGAAGGCCGAGCGCCAGAUGGAGUUGAAGCGUCGCUUUGAGCAGAUCAAGAACGAGCGACUGAGUCGCAGCCAAGGCGUGAACUUGUACGUGAAGAAUCUCGACGACACGAUCGAUGAUGAGAUCCUGAGAAAGGAGUUCACGCAAUUCGGCACCAUCACGUCUGCCAAGGUGAUGAUGGAGGACGGGCGCUCGAAGGGCUUCGGGUUUGUGUGCUUCUCAGCGCCGGAUGAGGCUACGCGCGCCGUGACGGAGAUGAACGGGCGUAUCGUGGGAACGAAGCCACUGUACGUGGCACUGGCUCAGCGCAAGGAGGACCGCAAGGCUCACUUGGCGUCGCAGUACAUGCAGAGGAUGGCGAACAUGAGGAUGCAGCAGAUGGGGCAGUUAUACCAGCCCAGCGGCGCCGCCGGGUACUUUGUGCCCUCGAUUCCGCCCACGCAGCGCUUCUACGGACCACAGAUGACGCAGCUGCGCACCACGCCACGCUGGGCCACGCAGCCGACCAUCCGCCAGUCGGGCGCCGUGCAGAACACCAACUCCACGGCCGUGGCGGUGGGUGUGCCCGCGGCGGGCUACCCGAACCUGUCGUCUGGCGGCGGAGCCACGCAGUACCGCCCCGGUGGCGGUGCGGGCGUCAGGUCGGCGCAGCAGUCGGGACAGGGUGGCCAGGGUGGUCAGACGUCGCUGCGCAAUGUCGCGCGUCCGAUCACGGGACAACAGAACGCGGCUGGAGCCAUCCAGGGACGCCAGAUCUCGGCACCGGUGGCGAAUGCGGGGCGCACGCAAAACUACAAGUACACGACCAAUAUGCGCAAUCCGCAGCAGCAGCUGGUGUCCCUGGGCGCGGCGCAGCCCGUGCAGCAGGCGGUGCAUGUGAAGGGACAGGAGCCACUGACCGCCUCCAUGUUGGCGUCGGCACCGCCCGCGGAGCAGAAACAGAUGCUGGGCGAGCGCCUGUUCCCGCUCAUCGAGAGCAUGUAUCCGCAGAUGGCGGGCAAGAUCACGGGCAUGCUGCUGGAGAUCGACAACUCCGAGCUGCUGCACAUGCUGGAGCACAGCGAGUCGCUGAAGGCGAAGGUCGAGGAGGCCGUGGCGGUCCUGCAGGCGCACCAGGCCAAGCAGCAGGUGGUGACUUCGGGCAAGAUGGAGUAGAAGGGGAGUGGAGGCGAUUCGACGUUACACUUUGGGCAAAAGAAGAGGUUCCAUGUGAGUUUUUCUUCAAGUAUUCUUCGUUCCUCUGAUGAUGGCAACAGCAAAUCUCGUGAAUUUUAGGUGGCGGUUUAAUAUUUUCACAAUUUCAUUCGAGCGAUUUAUGAUUUCUAUCAUUUCUAUUUUCUCCCAUAUGUCUCUUUAUUAAUUUGAAUUUCGAGCAAGACAGAGAAACUACUGAAUUAUCCACUUUUUAAUUGUAUCCCUGAAGAGAAAGAAAUAAACAUUUUAAGUUGAAUUCGAGUUGACACGAUGAGUUCUUUAUUUUCUUCCACAGACACUUAGUUAUAACACAAUAUUUUUAUACAAUAAAAGAACCUGUAUCGAAGAAUCAAGGAAUAAAAUACAAUAAAUAGAGA